UGAAGAAUUGAAUACCGUACUCCGAGACAGCAGAGUGAACUUUGAAGAAAAAACAGUAACAAUGUUCGACUUUGCUGGGCAAGCAGUUUACUAUGCCUGUCAUCAAAUUUACUUGAGUCCACGAUGCUUUUAUUUAUUGGUGCUGGAUAUGUCAAAGGACAUGGAUACUUUGGUGAAUGUUGAAGUAUGCGAAUAUAAAAGGAGCAUUUUUUCCACAUGGACUUACAGAGAUUAUUUACUGUUUUGGCUGAAAUCCAUUCAUACCUUUACCAGUCAAAAUGUGCCGGUUAUUUUGGUGGGUACCCAUGCUGAUGGGAUGUCUGAAAAGGACAUAGAUGUAUUUUACACGAAUGUCUGGAGAAUUAUAUCUGAAGAAAACAAAUCUUUGCUUGACCACAUCGACAAUGAGAGGACAUUUACAAUAGGAUUUGAUGAUAAAUACAAUGACUCUCCUUCAAAAAUAUUGGAAUCUAUCAGCAGAAUUAUACAGAAACAAAAUUACUGGGGCGAGGAAUUGCCAUCUUCCUGGGUUAUUCUUUUAUCUAAACUCAGGAAAACAAAGUUGAAACUUUGUUACCUGAAGAAAAUAAAAACAUUGAUAAACUUGAACAUGGAAAUUACAGAGGUAGAAGAUGCAUUGACAUUUUUCCAUGAAAUUGGACAUUUGUUGUUUUAUAAUGAAAAAGAACUGAAGGAAAUAAUUAUUUUGGAUAUCCAGUGGUUUGCUGAUGCAUUUAAAUUCAUCAUUGCCGAUGAAACACAUGUUCAAACUGAAUGUAAACGAAAACUGGUAGAUGAAUGGGAUGCUUUUAACAAAACAGGGGAACUCUCAGAUGCUCUGCUUGAAGCAAUGUGGAAAUCACAAGAAAAUAACGAGUAUAUGCAAUACAAGCAUGACAUCAUUUUAUAUAUGGAAAGACUUGGAAUGAUGACACCCAUACCACAAAACAUUGCGAGGGAAAAGAUUGCAUAUUAUGUACCUUGUAUGAAUAAAAGGCCUAUUCCAGCUCAAUGCCGUAAAUACUUCUCAUUUGACCUUAUUCACUGCUUCCGGUUUGCCUUUUUACCGGUAUUCAUUUUUCACCGUCUUGUCGUAUCUUGUAUGUCACUUAGCAAGUGGAAGCUGAAUGUAAGUGGACAAGAAAAAAAUAUUUAUCGUACUGCUGCUGUAUUUGUUUAUGCAAAUCACCAUGUCAUUUUGGCAAUUUCAAGAAAUGAUAUUCAAGUACAGGUACUACGACUCAAACCCAACAGCAUUGAUCAAUUAGUUGUCUUUAAAGUUCUAGACGACAUUUCAAAUCAGUUGGAAAAAUUGGCAUCUUCAUUCUUUCGUCACAGUGAAUGGAUCUGGGGAAUUAAAUGCAAGUACGCAAAUAUUGCUGAAAACUCGGACAAUUCCUUUACUAAACUUGAUGAUAUUGAAGAUAUGGAUGAAGACUUAUUUUGCACAAGUUGCAGUGUGACACAUAAGCUUGUUGAUAAGGAACUUAUUGAAGACUAUAUCAAAUUUGUGGAGAAUAGGAGGUCAUUUCUAACAUCGAAAAGGGAUCAGGAACACCUUAAAGCAAAGACAACAGAUAAAAGUGUGUCAGCAAAAAGAUUUGAAAUCAAUUUUCAACAACUUGAGGGAUUAAUCCAGAUUGGAAGAGAGGCUUUGAAAAUGGUUUUCGACGAAAAUGUCCCGUCAGAAAAACUAUGUACUCAUCUUACUGAACAUGAAUACAUUCUUAGAAGAGGACACUAUUGUUUCAAUAAAGAGCAGCUUCGAAUCGUUUUUCCAGAUAAUGGAGCAAAACCAAAUUCUAAUAAUUUUGACAUCACUAUUCUAUACAAACUUUUGCGGAAUACAACGGAAAUAUGUGAGACGGGUGUCUGGAGAAAGGAAUUAGGUUUUGAGCACAAUACUGUAAGUGAUGACGUGGAGAGGAUAAAAAAACACAGAAAUGAUGUGGCACAUUCUACAUCAAAGGAGAUGGGAAAUGAUGAAUUUCAGAGUCGUUGGUUAGAUUUAUCAAAGGCUAUCGAGAGGCUGAGCAAAGGAGCACUGAACGGAAAAGUGGGACUACUGUCUCAAAAUAAUGUGAAAGAGAACUGACAGAGGCAUUCCAAAACUAAAACUAUCGUGUGUGACUAAUGGUAUUUAAUAUAUUCAGUGAUGAGAAGUCAUGAAGUAUUAUUUUCACAAUUUUACCUUUUACAGAAUAACUAGUAUUUCGUGUU